CUGACAGAUUCGACUCUGUGCAGAGAUAUGGCAGCUGCGUCCUCUAUCCCCCAGUACCAACGGCAGAGAAGUUCUUCCCUGAGCCAUGAGAGCAUGUGGGGCUUGCCAGAGGCCUGCCCUGCCAGGGAGGAGGCCAGAUCUCAGGUGCUGGUGCUAAACACUGGGGGCACCAUUGGCAUGGGGGGCACCGAGUGUGACGGAGGGCUUGCUCCUCAGAUGAAUAAGUUAGUGGAGGCCUUGAAAAAAAUGCCUAUGUUACAUGACGAGGAAUAUGCAAAGGUAAUGAAACUCUAUGAUUCCUGUGAGUUUGCGGACAACACAUUGGCGCUUCCCCUCUCUAAAAGAAAGAAAAGAAUUAUCUACAGCAUUCUAGAAUAUUCACCACUGCUUGAUUCUUGCAAUAUGACAACAGACAACUGGGCUAAGAUUGCUAAAGAUCUUGAGACCUAUUAUGAACAAUAUGAUGGCUUUGUGAUACUUCAUGGGACGGAUACGAUGGCCUAUACGGCUGCUGCUUUGUCCUUCAUGUGUAAGAACGUCGGUAAAACCAUCGUUCUAACAGGAGCUCAGGUACCUAUUUAUGAACUGAGGAAUGAUGGACGUUCCAACCUGCUUGGGGCACUGCUGAUUGCUGGACAAUUUGUCAUUCCUGAGGUCUGCCUCUAUUUUCAUCAUAAACUGUACAGGGGAAACAGGGUGACUAAAGUGGAUACUGGAAGUUUUGAUGCCUUCUCUUCGCCUAACCUGCCUCCUCUUGCAAAUGCUGAGGUGGAUAUAAGAAUUGAUUGGGGAAUUGUAUGGCGAGCCAACACCACAAAGAAGUUUACGGUCCAAACUGAUAUGAACCGGAAUGUGGGAUUGCUGAGGAUUUUCCCGGGAAUUACUGCUUCCACUGUGAAGGCGUUUCUUCAGCAUCCAAUGGAAGGGAUAGUAUUGGAGACCUAUGGGUGUGGAAAUGCCCCAAACAACCGUCCCGAUUUGCUGGAAGAGUUGAGGCAAGCGACAGAACGGAACGUGGUGAUCCUAAAUUGCACCCAGUGUUUGCGAGGGUCUGUGGCUUCAACCUAUGCAACCGGGCAGGACCUCGCUCAGGUUGGAGUAAUUUCAGGAGGGGAUAUGACACCUGAAGCAUCCUUGGCUAAGUUGUCUUAUGUGCUGGGUAAAAGGCACCUCUCUUGGAAGGAGAAGAAGAAGAUGCUGGGUGACAACCUUAGAGGAGAAAUGUCUUCUGUGCUCACAGGAAUCCACAGCUCUUUAAGGAGCAGCAAGUUUAUUAAUGUGAUGACCAAAUUUAUAAGUCUUAACUGCAAAGAGGAGCUUGGAGCUUUAAUUCCAUCUAUGGCUUGUGCUGCAGCUAAAACUGGUGACUUGGAUGCAUUGAAAGCGAUUGAAGAAGUGGGUGGAAACCUGAGCUGUGAAGAUUAUGAUGGCCGCACUCCACUUCAUGUUGCAGCAAGUGAAGGGCAUGUUCAGCUAGCAGAGUAUUUACUGAAAAGUGGGGCAAGUGUUUAUGCUAAAGACAGAUAUGGUGCCACCCCGUUGAUGAAUGCCAUCGAAUUCAGGCACAUGGACAUAAUACGACUACUCCGAGAAACAGGAGCUCACCUUUCUGGUGAAGAGCUAAAGAAUGCUGGAACCAAACUUUGCCUCCUUGCUGUUAAUGGAGAUGUGGAUGGAUUGAUGGCUUGGCAUCUUGCAGGCAUAGACAUGGAAUCCACGGAUUAUGGUGGCAGAACACCUUUCCAAGUAGCAACUGAUGAAAAGAACAUCCAAAGCUUGGACUUCCUGAACCAGUUGAAAUCAAGAAGAGGUUUUUCAAAAUGAAACUAAUUUCCGAACUAAUUGCGAAUGGAAAGAUGUUUGGAUUGAUGAUAAUGAUAGAGGCUGGAUUU